AUGGCCACAACCGAGGCUUCUGCAGUUCAGCUGCAGCUCCAAAACCUCACCCUCGAUGACCCCUCCACAUCCACAUCCACAUCCACAUCCACCAUCCCUCCUUCAUCUCCUCCCUCAAAACCAACCGUCAUCACGACUUCUACGACCCCUCCGGUCUUGGUCAAACCGGAUAUAUCUGCCCCGGCGAGCAGUGAACCUGCAAAUGGUCCGACCCCGCCGUCGUCUCCGUCGCAGUGCGGUUCUUCCACUCAAGCUGUCAUGUCGUCGCGGUUGAGUGGCCCGGCAGACCACCAGCCCGGUACCAAUACGGCUGCCACUCUCUCGAAUUCCACUCCAUCACAACAUCCACUGCCACCGCCACCACCACCACAAUUAUCAUCAUCAUCAUCACAGCAGGCUCACCAGCAGCCUACUCCACCAAGCACCCUGCCCGAGGAUGCUGCCUUCCCUCAGGCUGCCGUUGAUAGCACCAUGAAUGAUUCAUCUCCAAUAUCUCCAAACGUUAACGUUAACCCUGUUAGGGAACCUUAUGUUGUGGAACAUGAACAUCGGCCAUCUGACGAGACAUCGGUUUCCCCUGUCUCUCCUAGAUCAGCAACCCCUUCAUCGAUAUUAGACGACGGAGUCCCCACCUUGGAUGCAAACGAGGCUGCUUUCAUGCUUGAAGCCGACGAGAUGGAUAGUUCUCAUCACGACCACGAAACUCGGCAGGCCGUCGACUCGACAGUCCCUACACCCGUUCAUCUUCAGCAACGGCCUUCACAGAUCCCUCGCUUUCCUUCUAAUUCUAGUAACCAGUCCGUUCAUUCGGACCUCCCAAACCUUCAAAUCCCUCAGCAUUCUCCACCGGUCCCUUUCCAACCUCACCAAACUGGUUCACACUACUCUUUCCCAUAUGCAACCACAUUGCCUGCCGACCCUCGACGAACACCGUUAAGGGACAUCCAACGAUCACAGGAGGCUCCUUUGUCGCCCGAUAUUCCACCAUGGCAGCCGGACUCGGAAGUCACCAGCUGCCCUAUCUGUCGGACAGGUUUCUCAUUCUUCUAUAGGAAGCACCAUUGCCGUAAAUGCGGCCGUGUCGUCUGCGCCCCUUGCUCACCCCACCGAAUCGCGAUCCCGAGAUCAUAUGUCGUCUACCCCCCACACUCCAUUGAGGCAGAACUAGCCCAGUCGUAUAUUGAUGCCCACGGCCAUCGGAUAUAUGCAGAUGGCGAAGAGGGUGUCGAGGUCAGGAUAUGUAACGAGUGCCUGGCCGGCGAGAACCCCUCGUCCGGGAGAAUGGGACUGAAUAGAAGGCAGUCGAUCCAAUCGCCCUCUGGCGGUGCAGGAAGGUUUUGGCAGGAUACUGGCCCAUCGGCUGGUGGAAAUGGGAAUAACUUUGUUUCGCCGCAGGGCGUAGGUUUUGGUGGAAGUCCUAGCACUCCUCGCCGUAGAACGGUCUCUAGUGCUAAUCCAUUCAUCCAAAAUCCUGGAGUUAUUCCAACAGUUACAGGCGGCUUCCCUGGCGCCUUAUAUCAUCAUCAGGGCGUACAACAAGCACAUUCACUUGGUUCGAGAAGCCACCCCCAUGGCUUCUUCCCAGGACAGCAUCACCCACCAUAUCAUUCACAUCCUGUCCAUCAGCCACCGCCUCUCCAACAUCCCACUCCUUCGUACCCUCACCAGGGGCAUCAAACUUUCACAUUCACAGCCCCCCAAUUUUAUCCGUCACCCCAACCGUCAACCCACCACCACCAUCACCAUCAUCAUCAUCAGAGGUCCAUAUCAUCUUCUCAUGCAUAUACCCAGUAUUCUCCUGUCAACCAACCUAUAAGAGGGCUGCUAGAUACUUCACAACAGCCGACGCCGGCUUUUAGCAUGCCCGCACACAGGCAGAAUCUACCUAUUGCUAGUCAGUUCAUGUCAAGCAGCUCGAGGGAACAACAAACACACUCUGCACCACCUCAACCUCAGCCGAGGUUGAAAGAAACCGAUUACUGCCCAAUCUGCAUGACCGUACUCCCACCACCUAACCCUGUAACAAAAGACGAAAGCGCUCGAGAGGCCCAUAUCCAACAGUGCAUUGAAAAUGCAGUUGGGAGCCCCGAAGUUUCUCGCCGAAGAUCAACUUCAGGCACCCCACCAAAUCCUGCUAGUCUUGCCAAUAACACAAUGUCUUCACAACCUGCUCGAGCACUCCCCACCACCCCAUCCCAAGACCAAACUCAAACGCACACCCCUGGCCCCGAACGGAGCAGAAGAAACACAGCCUCAAACCGUGCCGGCGGCAGCGGUAGGAUGGUGGUUUAUACAGCCACUGAGAAGGAUACCUUUGCCAUGGGGAAUGAUGCUGAGGCGGACGGCCAGAAGGCCGAAUGCGUCAUUUGCUUCGAGGAAUUCGAAGCCGGCGAUUCUAUUGCACGGCUAGAGUGCUUUUGUCGAUAUCAUAAGAAAUGCAUUACGGACUGGUUUAACCGUCGAAUGGACGGGCAAUGCCCAGUGCAUGCCAUGAAUGAAUAG